AAAACUGCAGGGGUAUAUAUGGCGUGGAAAUAAGCAUAUUUCAACCUCUUGAUGACCUCGACAUUUUGUUAUUAAAAAGCAUUGAAUUGGCAACUCAAGCCUUCAAGCUUUUAAAGCUUCUCCUCCUGAGCUUUAUAAGACUUAAUCCCAUCAUCUCAACCAAGUCAUACCUGCACCAUCCUACAACAAUCACGCCUGAGGAGCAUUGUCAUCUCCUCUCAACACUAUGGCUUCCUACAAUUCUCCAAAUGAGAAAGCCAGUGUGAUGGAGGCAGAGACGAUCAAUACUUCUGAUCGAAGCGGGAAAGUAGAGAUUGACGACGGCAGAGGCAUCAAAGCGGUUUCAAGCGCUACUCUAGAGUCUUUCUCUCAUCUGGAUGAAAAGAAGAUUCUUCGCAAGAUGGACCUUCGGCUGAUCCCCAUGCUUGCGAUCCUCUAUCUCCUCUCCUUUUUAGACCGAGGAAAUAUCGGCAACGCAAAAAUUGAGGGCCUCCAAGAGGAUCUCAAUCUGUUACCCGACCAAUAUAACUGGUGCCUCACUGUUUUCUUCUUCACCUAUGCAGCUUUCGAGGUGCCCUCUAAUUUGCUUCUCAAGAAGCUCCGCCCCAGUGUCUGGCUCCCCACCAUCAUGGUUGCUUGGGGCACAGUGAUGACUCUAAUGGGCAUCGUACGAAACUACCAUGGUCUUCUCAUUGCACGCAUUUUCUUAGGUGUCACCGAGGCGGGUCUGUUUCCAGGUGUUGCCUACUAUCUAACCAUGUGGUAUUGCCGCCAUGAGAUCCAGUUUCGCCAAGCUUUAUUCUUCUCCGCAGCCUCAAUCGCCGGUGCUUUUAGCGGCCUCUUAGCCUUUGCCAUUGCCAAGAUGGAUGGAACCGCCGGGCUCGAGGGCUGGCGCUGGAUCUUUAUCCUUGAAGGAAUCGCCACAGUUAUAGCAGCGGUGCUGGCCUUCUUCAUCCUACAAGAUUUCCCAGAGACGGCCACGUUCCUCACUGAGGAGGAGAAGGCCUUUGUGGUGUUCCGUCUAAAGUACCAGGCCCAAGCGGGAAAAUUCGACACAGAUCAGGUGCAGGUUGCCCAGGCCGAAGAGUUCAAGUGGAAAUAUGUCUGGAGUGCCUUUAAAGACUGGCAGAUUUGGGUGAACAUCAUUGUUUAUUGGGGCAUUGUUUGCCCCCUGUACGGAAUUAGCCUGUUUCUUCCUACCAUCAUCAAAAAUCUAGGAUACACGUCGAACAAAGCCCAGCUCAUGACGGUCCCUAUUUACAUCACAGCUGCUAUUCUCGCCGUUGUCGUGGCCUAUGUUUCAGAUCGCGUUGGAAAGCGAAGCCCAUUCAUCAUUACUCUCCUCUGUGUCAUGAUUGUUGGCUUCUCCAUGUGUAUCUCGUCGAGCAAUCCCAAGGUAGUUUACGGCGGCGUCUUUAUUUCAGCCUGUGCCAUUUAUCCAGCUUUCCCGGGUGUCAUUUCUUGGCUUGCAAACAACUUGUCCGGCAGCUAUAAGAGGAGCGCCGGAAUGGCAAUUCAGAUUGGUGUCGGAAAUCUUGGCGGAGCCAUGGCAUCCAACUUUUACCGACAAAAGGACGGUCCUCGAUAUAUCCUGGGCCACGCACUAGAGCUUGGAUUUAUCAGCGCUGGAAUUAUUGCUGCCCUCACUUUAGUCUUUGCGUACAUGCAAAUCAACAGAAGGCGUGAAGCCAAGGUGGCUCAAGGCGAGAUGGAUCAAUACACGGCGGAGCAGCUGUCUGGUAAAGGCGACAAGGCAUUGACUUGGAGAUAUAUGCUGUGAGGCAUAAUGAAGAGGCUGGAAUUAGAACCAGCUUAGCUAAUUCAAAUUGGAUACACG